AUGUCGGCUGCAGCUGGCCACCGCUUCCUCCCCGCGCCCGCCGGGCAGCGCUCCCCUCACGGCCGCCGCCAAGGGGCCGGCUCCCGCCGCACCGCCCCCUCCCGCCCGCCCAGUCGGGACGGCACCGGCGGCCGCCCCCCCGCCGGCCUGCGCGGCCCUCCCCGCCGCUCCCCGCCAACGGGGCCUUGGGCCCUCAGCCGCCCCGCGCUUUCCUGGUGCCGCGGGCAGCGCCCGGGGGCGCGGGGCGGGAGCCGCUCCCCUCGGACACGCACCGGCCCGCAGAGCCCCGGGCGCGCCCCUUUCCCCUCAGAGACGGGCCCGGUUUGGGGGGGGGGACGACUUAUCCCCUCCGUGAGGCAGCGACGCCCCCCGCCUCGCCGCGGCCGCUCCUCGCCGGUGAGCCCUUCCCAGCUGGCUGCCCACAAAGCACUCGACUCCAGCGGCCCUUCCUUCAGCGGCACUUCUUACCCAGCAGCGAGCCCCUUAUACUCUGAAGACGGCGCCAUUCGCUUUCCUUCACUGGCUCGAAGGACAGUGAAGUGGGACCGAAGAAGGCAUCUGACUUGUGAAAACCCUCCUUUGCCUGGCUGCUUAGACUGGGAGGCACCGAGUUCAUCACUUUGCUACAGCCUCAAACUUCUUCUUACAAGCCAGAAACGCGGGCAGGGCUCUUGGAGAGGUUAUCAUCUUCCUAACCUCAGCCAGGCUGCAAACCAGCCCGCAACCCACCUGCUUCCCCUAAACGAGCAGCGUGCUUCAUUAACCACAGAAACUUCAGCAACGCCCAGUCACUGCCUUGAUUUUCCCAGUGAGGCAAGGCAUGGCAGCAAUGAUGUAGCAUUGUUCAUGGGUGGAUGUCUCUGUCUUCGAGAGAACAGAGCUAAAGCCGGGAGCCCACCACUUCUGUGCCGCUCAGCAUUCUAGAAGAGGAUGAACAUAUAGAGUUUUGGGGCUGAGGUCUUAUUUAAAUUAUAUAUGAGGCUGAAUAAUUAACACCCCAUUUAUAGUAAUAAAGGAUGCUCCCAGUGCCUACAGAUACUGCUUUACUUAGCAAAAGCAGCCAAAUCUACUGGACUGUGGUGUUGGAGGACUUUAUAUAUAGCAAAUAGUAACUGUCUUUAAUUAGCUUUAUUUACACAAUAGAUGUCAAUGUUGAACUCUCUAAAUUAAAAGGGCAGAACGUCCUUAUUGGGAAAUGUGAUUUUUGAAGCCUAACAACUUAAAAACAGCAGGAGGGUUUUUGCUCAGACUGCCUGGGGAGAAAAAUCACCUUUGGCUCAACAAAACAGGAAGAAUUUCAAGCCCACAGCAGAAGUUUUUCAAGAAACUAAUGAAAAUGGAGGAUUAUAGUUUAAACUGUUUUGCAAUCACUGGCCUGAAUCCUGCAGACACUUUUUACAUGCACUUAACUUUAUAUACGUGGUUAGUUUUGCUGACCUGCAUGGGAUUAUUUACACAUGUAGAUAUAAGUACAUGCCUGAAUGUUUACAGAGCGGAAUUUAAACUGUAGCAUUUGUUACUGAAAAAAUGACAUUAUGUCAAGAUCUCCAUAAUUGGCUCAUUGAGAUUCUUUAUGUUAGGGAAAAAAAAGCUGAGAAAUUCAGGAAUUAGGAUUCCUGAGGUGGUCUCAGAUCUGCUCCCUCAUGUGAAUAGGAUCUUUUGUUGUGCCGGAUCACAGCAUUGGGCCACAAAACUUAUUUAGCAGCUAUUUAAAAAAAACCCCACCUUUAUAUAGUUUGAAUCUACUGCUCAUAGGAGGAUAUUGUCUGCAUUUCUUUCUACUCUCUAAUGUAGAUCAAAGCUGAAAAAGUAACUGAGAAUGAAAGGUUUCCCCUCAUCAAUGGGAAGCAAGUAAUUGGAAAAAAACCAUUUUUUAAUAAUUUUUCUAAAAUUUAUUUUAUUUUUUAAUUUAUUUUUUUUUUAAUAUCAUGGGAGUACAUUCUACCUGCCAUGAAGUGACUUGUUGAAACCCCCUGAAACAGGAAUAAAUCACCUCUGCAAACUGUA